GCCUUCUCAAACAUAAACACGUGGAUAAUGGAGCUGAACUAAAAUCUGACUUGAAAUAAAGAAAUAAAGAUUAAUAUCUCAUCCUGACAGCAGAGAGAAGCCGUGAUGAAGAAGAGGGAGCAGCAGAAGGUAAAGAUGGCAAGCAGCAGCGAUGACGAAGACUCUGACGUGGAGAGAAACUUCGCACUGCUCACUAAGAGAGGAGGAGGAGGAGGAGAGGAAGGAGAACAGUACCACCAAGAAGAGGAAGAGGAGGAAUUCAGUGAUGAAGAGGAGGAGGGGGAGGAGGAGGAGGAAGGGUCUGAUGAUGGUGAAGAAGAAAUAGGAGAAGAGGAGGAGGUUGAAGGGGAUGAAGAAGAGGAGGAUGACUUUGAUGAAGAAGAAGAAGAGGAUGACGACGAUGAUGAUGAAGAGGAGGAUGAUGAUGAUGAAGAGGCAGAGGAAGCUGGUGGCAGCGGUGAGAUCCAGACCAGAGAAGACAUGAAGAAAGAAUUGUCCAAAAUGUCUUUCGAGGACGUUUUGAUUCUUCAGAAUAAAGUCGGAACUAAAGUUUAUAACGAAGUCGCGUUCGGCAGCCGAGAGAAUCAGAAAGAGAUCGGCAAGAAGAAACGACUCAACAAGAACCGCCCAAUGGAGAUCUCGUCUAAGAGGCCGCCUCCCUUCCUGCGUAAAGUCGUCUCCGUUAAGAAACCGACGUUGAGAGAUCCGCGAUUCGACGAUCUGUCCGGAGAAUAUAAACCCGAGAUAUUUGAGAAAACGUAUAAAUUCAUCAACGACAUCAAAGACAAAGAGAAAGAGAUCGUCCAGAAGAAGCUGAAGAAGGGGAAGAACAGCAGCGAUAGAUCGGAGAAGCUGCAGUUCCUCCUGAAGAGAAUGGAGAACCAGGAGCGAGCGAGGAAGAGUCGAGAGCAGCAGAGAGAGAGAGAGCUGCAGUUCAAACGGCAGCAGAGAGAACGAGCCAAUCAGGGAGAGCGACCGUUCUUCCUCAAGAAAUCGGAGAAGAAGAAGCUGCAGCUGGCUGAGAGAUACGAGCAGUUGAAGAAAAGCGGGAAACUGGAGAACUUCCUGAGUAAGAAGAGGAAGAGGAACGCCGGCAAAGACCGCAGGAAGCUGCCGAAGCAGAUGAUGCAGAAGACGAAGACGACGGCGUGACGCGUUUAAAAAGAAGAGGUGAAGAAGAAGAAGAAGAAGCUGCAGGUAAGGAGCGUAAUGGACUGAAGGAGGAAGGACUUUAAACAUCACUGUGGUGCGUUCAGGGACACUCUGUCAGAUUUGUAGAAAGACUUUUUCUCUCUGCCGGAUGACUCUUAUAUUUUUUUUAUUUUUUGUGGUGUCAGUGAACGCACCAUCAGCCUCAGAUUCACACACUUUAAACCUCAGUCGUCCAGAUGAUGCCUUCAGGGUCAGAGCAGAAAAACGGGAAACUCAGAGCUCAGCAGUGGACAGUUUGCAUCCAGUUGACGCUGUGUUUUCCUACGAUCUUCUGGGUCCUCAAACAUCACGUUUAAUGUAGAUGUUGUGUUUUCCUACGAUCUUCUGGGUCCUCAAACAUCACAUUUAACAUACCGAUGCUAACGAUCUUACUUUGUAUAUAAAAUGUUUGAUUUGAUAUUUUUCUCGUUAAAGUCUUCGUACAGUCAACAUUCAUUUUUACAGUUUUCCUGAUGUCCAUUGAAGGCAUCGUGAAUAAUAUUUAAUUGAUGCUACAUACUAAUAUAAUUCAGUUUAUAAUGUUUUACUGUUUUAUACAAACAGGAAGUGAUGCGAUCAGACUGAUUUCAGGAUUAAAGACAAUAAUAAAAAAUGUUCUUU